GUUAACGGGUAAAGACUGGAGACUCAUUGCAGUCAUGGCCUUCACCAAUUACAGCAGUCUCAACCGAGCUCAGCUAACCUUUGAAUAUCUGCACACAAAUUCAACCACUCAUGAAUUCUUGUUUGGUGCUCUUGCUGAACUGGUUGAUAAUGCAAGAGAUGCUGAUGCCACCAGAAUAGACAUUUAUGCUGAGAGGCGGGAAGAUCUUCGAGGAGGAUUUAUGCUUUGCUUUUUAGAUGAUGGAGCAGGAAUGGAUCCGAGUGAUGCUGCCAGUGUGAUCCAGUUUGGAAAGUCAGCCAAACGAACUCCUGAGUCCACCCAAAUUGGGCAGUAUGGCAAUGGAUUAAAAUCGGGCUCAAUGCGCAUCGGGAAGGAUUUUAUCCUCUUCACUAAGAAGGAAGACACCAUGACCUGCCUCUUCCUGUCUCGUACCUUUCAUGAGGAAGAAGGCAUUGAUGAAGUGAUAGUCCCAUUGCCUACCUGGAAUGCUCGAACACGGGAACCUGUCACAGACAAUGUGGAGAAGUUUGCCAUUGAGACAGAGCUCGUCUACAAGUACUCUCCCUUCCACAAUGAGGAGCAAGUGAUGACCCAGUUCAUGAAGAUUCCCGGGAAUAGUGGAACACUGGUGAUCAUCUUUAAUCUCAAGCUCAUGGACAAUGGAGAGCCGGAACUAGACAUAAUCUCAAAUCCAAAAGAUAUCCAGAUGGCAGAGACCUCCCCAGAGGGCACGAAGCCAGAACGACGCUCCUUCCGAGCCUAUGCUGCUGUGCUCUAUAUUGAUCCGCGGAUGAGGAUCUUCAUUCAUGGGCACAAGGUGCAGACCAAGAGACUCUCCUGCUGCUUGUAUAAACCCAGAAUGUACAAGUAUACAUCAAGCCGUUUCAAGACUCGGGCAGAACAGGAAGUGAAGAAGGCAGAGCAUGUAGCACGGAUUGCUGAGGAGAAGGCCCGGGAGGCAGAGAGCAAAGCUCGGACAUUAGAAGUACGAAUGGGUGGAGACCUGACACGGGACUCUAGGGUGAUGUUGCGACAGGUCCAGAAUACAGCCAUUACCCUGCGUAGAGAAGCUGAUGUCAAGAAAAGAAUCAAGGAUGCCAAGCAGCGAGCACUCAAAGAACCCAAGGAACUGAAUUUUGUUUUUGGGGUCAAUAUUGAACACCGGGACCUAGAUGGCAUGUUUAUCUACAAUUGUAGCCGCCUGAUCAAGAUGUAUGAGAAAGUGGGCCCACAGCUUGAAGGGGGCAUGGCAUGUGGUGGGGUUGUUGGGGUUGUUGAUGUGCCCUACUUGGUUCUGGAGCCUACACAUAACAAGCAAGACUUCGCUGAUGCUAAGGAGUACCGACAUCUACUUCGAGCAAUGGGGGAGCACUUGGCGCAGUAUUGGAAGGACAUUGCCAUUGCCCAGCGUGGAAUCAUCAAGUUUUGGGAUGAGUUUGGCUACCUUUCUGCCAACUGGAACCAACCCCCGUCCAGUGAGCUGCGUUUCAAACGCCGGAGGGCUAUGGAAAUCCCAACCACUAUCCAGUGUGAUUUGUGUCUGAAAUGGAGAACCCUCCCCUUCCAACUGAGUUCAGUAGAAAAAGAUUAUCCUGAUACUUGGGUUUGCUCCAUGAACCCUGAUCCUGAGCAGGACCGCUGUGAAGCUUCUGAACAGAAGCAGAAGGUUCCCUUGGGGACAUUAAAAAAGGACCUAAAGACACAGGAAGAAAAGCAAAAGCAGCUGACAGAGAAAAUUCGCCAGCAGCAGGAAAAGCUAGAAGCUCUUCAGAAAACUACACCCAUCCGCUCACAAGCUGACCUGAAGAAAUUGCCCUUAGAAGUGACUACCAGACCUUCCAGUGAAGAACCUGUGCGGAGACCUCAGCGUCCUCGGUCACCCCCUUUACCUGCAGUGAUCAAGAAUGCACCUAGCAGACCCCCUUCUAUUCAUACUCCCAGACCAACUAGCCAACUCCGAAAGGCUUCGGUUAUCAGCAGUCCCCCAAAGCCGCCUACUACAGCAGCCCGAGGAGAAACUAGUACUUCCAGGCUCCUCCAGCCAGCUGAGGCACCCCGAAAGCCUACAAACCCUCCCAUCAAGACUGUACCCCGACUCACCCUUCCUGUGCAGCCCCCAUCACCAUCUCUACUCCCUAACUCUAAGAACCUUCGGGAUGUCCCUGCUCAAAAAGCCAUCAAGACUCCAGUGGUCAAGAAGCCGGAGCCACCUGUUAAACAUUCUGUGGCAACCUCAGGUCGGAAGCGGAGUCUUGUAGUCUCUGAUGAGGAAGAGGCUGAAGAAGAAGCUGAGAAGAGGAAAGAGAGAUGCAAGCGGGGCAAGUUUGCUGUGAAGGAGGAGAAAAAGGAGGCAAAUGAGCUUUCAGACAGUGCUGGGGAAGAUGACCCAGCUGAACUCAAGAAGGCUCAGAAAGAUAAAGGACUGCAUGUAGAGGUACGUGUGAACCGAGAAUGGUACACAGGUCGUGUCACAGCUGUAGAGAUGGGCAAGAAUGUGGUUCGGUGGAAAGUGAAGUUUGAUUACGUGCCCACAGACACAACACCAAGAGACCGCUGGGUAGAGAAAGGCAGUGAAGAUGUACGACUGAUGAAGCCACCUUCUCCAGAGCAUCAGAGUCCUGACACGCAGCAAGAAGGUGGUGAGGAGGAGGAGGAGGCUGUGGUGGCCCAGCAGGCUGUGGCCUUGCCAGAGCCCUCUACCUCUGACGGUUUCAACAUUGAGCCAGACACUACUGCCUCAAGUACCAACCAUGAGACUAUUGACCUCCUGGUCCAGAUUCUUCGGAAUUGCUUGCGGUAUUUCUUGCCUCCAAGUUUCCCCAUCUCCAAGAAGGAGCUAAGUGCUAUGAAUUCAGAAGAACUAAUAUCUUUUCCUCUGAAAGAAUACUUCAAGCAGUAUGAGGUGGGGCUCCAGAAUCUGUGCCAUUCCUACCAAAGCCGUGCUGACUCACGGGCAAAAGCCUCAGAGGAGAGUUUGCGCACCUCCGAGAAAAAGCUUCGUGAGACAGAGGAGAAGUUACAAAAGUUGAGGACCAACAUUGUAGCACUCCUACAAAAAGUACAGGAGGACAUAGACAUCAACACAGAUGACGAGCUGGAUGCCUACAUUGAGGACCUCAUCACCAAAGGGGACUGAGGAGCUGGAAGGCAGAUGAUUCCUCUGCAUACCUGCCCCUCAGCAGAGCAGCUUCUGGGGAGGGGGAUUUCAUUAGUAAGUUGGUGGACUUAAUCUUGGUUUGACUCAUAUGGGACAUUUGUGCUUUGGGAAGGAGAUUCCUUGAAUCUUCUUCCUUAAGUUUACAUAAAUAUUUAUUUUUUAAAAGAGAA